AUGGUCAAAAUAAUAUUUCUUCAUCCCGAUUUGGGUAUCGGUGGAGCAGAGCGGCUAGUGGUAGAUGCCGCAUUAGCUUUCAAGAAUAAAGGCCAUGAUGUGGCUUUUUACACUAACCAUCAUGAUCCUACCCACUGCUUUGCCGAGACCAGAGACGGGACUUUUCCUGUAACCGUGGUGGGGGACUGGAUACCCCGAUCUGUUUUUGGAAGAUUCAAAGCGGCAUGUGCCUACAUACGCAUGGUUUAUGCCGCUGUCUACAUGGCUUGGUACGUCAUACCAGUCGAAGAGCCAACUCUCAUUUUCUGCGAUCUGAUUUCUCUCUGUGUGCCUUUCCUAAAAUUAGCCAGAGGGCCAUUUAGAAUUGUGUUCUACUGUCACCAUCCUGAUAAGCUAUUAUCGUCAGAGGGUGGUAUACUUAAAAAGUUGUAUAGAGCUCCAUUGAAUUGGCUAGAAGAGCUGACGACAGCUCAGGCAGACAAAGUCUUAGUUAAUAGCAAAUAUACAGCAAGAGUGUAUCAAGAUGCGUUUCAGAGAAUCAAAGAUUUACCUGACAUCUGUUACCCUUCCAUUAACACUGAGUAUUUUAGGAUGACUGUUCCAAAGCCUUUGAAAGAGAUUGUCCCAGUAGGAACAGAUAAGUUUGUAUUCUUGUCUAUAAAUAGAUAUGAAAGAAAGAAAAACUUGCAAUUGGCACUCAGGGCUAUGGAACAUUUGAAGCACAUAUUGAAUGAAACUGAAUGGAGUAGAGUGCAUUUAAUAAUGGCUGGUGGUUUUGACCCCAUAAACUUAGAAAAUAUGGAACAUUUCAUUGAACUCACUGACUUAGCGGCUGAGUUGGACAUUGAAGACCAUGUUACAUUUAUGAAGUCUCCUAAAGAUGAUGAGAAAGUCUCUUUAUUAUACUAUUCCAGGGCUCUGGUAUAUACACCAUCUAAUGAGCACUUUGGUAUUGUUCCCCUAGAAGCCAUGUACUUUAGGAAGCCAGUUAUAGCAGUGAACAGCGGUGGGCCUACAGAGACUGUUGUUAAUGAUGUUACAGGAUUUUUAUGUGAACCAACCAGUAAAUCAUUUGCUAAAGCUAUGAGCAAGUUACUUACAAAUCCUGAGUUGGGUGAGAAACUGGGUGAAGCUGGUUUAAAAAGAUUUGAAUCUAAAUUUUCAUUUGAUGCAUUUACUGAACAGUUGGAUGGAAUACUGACAAGGGAACGGCAGAUUAUUUCUGAAGUGAGGGCUAUCGAGUAUGAGAAUAGGAAGCGUAAAUAA